GUUUGUCCUAGCUCCUAGCUCAUAUGUGUUUAGUUAGACCUCGUUUGUCCUCGCUCUUGUGUAUGUGGUUAGAUAUCGUUAGUCUUCGAUCUUCGCUCGCACUUGUUUAGUGUUUUCCCGUUUGUUCUCACCCCUCGUUACUAUGUACUUUCUUCCCGCGCUCCCUGUUUAGUUACCCUCGCUGUCUCUGUUGCUUUCCUGGUUUAGUUCUCGGCUGUAAUACUUUGUUUACUUUAGUCUACGUUACUUUGUCUAACUUAGUCUCGCCCUCACCCUAUUAGUCUGUUAUUGUUCUGUUGGCCUGUUCCUCUUAUGUUUGUCUAUUUAUUAUUUGUUCUAGUCGAUAUUGUUAGUCUGUGUCUUAAACAGUUUAUUCUAUCCCACCCGUCCCUUGUUUUAUGGCUUCCCUGGUUAGUUCAUUUGCGCAUAACAUCCAACGCGCCGGCACUUCGCAAGUGUGUUCGCUCAACACCACAUCUCCUACGUUACACUGUCACUGGUGAACCAAAAUACAAUGUCUCCAAUGUCAUUUUUAAAGCAAGUUUUAAGUGAUGUAGCACUUUGAGUAACCAGCAUGACUCAAAAGAUGAUGAUAAUUGACACUGACUGUGGCAUAGAUGAUGCCCAGGCUAUAAUGCUUGCUCUUGCUGCACCCAAUGUGAAGAUCUUGGGCAUCACCUGCUGCUUUGGGAACACUGACGUGGAUAAUGUGUGUCAGAAUGUGCUCCGUGUAUUGUCUGUCUGUCAACGUACUGAGGUCUCAGUCUUCCGAGGGGCUGCGACCUCUUUGGUCACAGCAAUUAAACCAUUUAAAGAGCAUUUUGGCACAGAUGGCUUGGGAGAUGUGCUGGAGGACAGAAACUCAGAAACUUGGAAAAAGCAAAUACAGGAAGAGCAUGCAGUCAAUGCUUUGAUCAGGCUGGUCAAUGAAAACCAGGGGCAGGUCUCUCUUGUUACUCUGGGUCCACUUACUAAUUUAGCACUGGCUGUUAGACUGGAUCCUGGCCUGCCUCAGAAGCUCAAAGAUUUGUACAUCAUGGGUGGCAAUAUGGAAGGCAAGGGAAAUGUGAUGCCAUGUGCAGAGUUUAAUUUCUUUAUGGAUCCUGAGUCUGCCUACAUAGUCUUAGAAGAAUACCUGUGUCCCACACACUUAGCAACCUGGGAGUUUACAUGUAGACACAAGCUCUCUUGGGAAUUUUUUGAUGAGAUGACCAACCAGGACACUGCAGUUUCCCAAUUUAUGAAGACAAUCACCUCCAAGUGCUGGGCUUACUCCAGGGAGCCUGGACCUAACAUAAAAGAUGUGCUUUUUGGGCCAGGGUUCGUGUCCUAUGAUGCAUAUGCUGUAGCUGCAUGCCUCGACAGCAGCAUAAUUACGGAGAGUGUUGUGUGCGCUGUCCGUGUGGAGACCCAGGGAGAGCUGGGACGGGGGCUGAUGGCGAUGGACCCUGUCUGCCGGCUGAAUAAGAGCCACCGCGUGUUUGUGAUGAAGACCUGUGACCUCAGCAAGUUCAGUGCCAUGCUCAUGGCUUCUUUACAGCAGCCCUGAAGUUCAGUCUGUGCUCUGUGGGAGCUGUGGCAUACUGUGUUUCUCAUGUACUGGUUGUUCUCAGUGACUGCUGUAUGUUAUAAGCAUAUUUGCUAAAAUGUCACAGUAUGGUAUACUUUACAUAUCCACCCACGUUACUCCGGGUUGUGUACUAGUCCUAUACUUUAUUUUCCUUUUAUACUGCACCAUGGUCCUGGAGGGACAUUUCAUUUCACUAUAUACUUGUAUAUAGUGGGCAUGUCAAUAUAAAGCCUUGUGACUUGUGCACGGGUAAUCAACUUUACACUUUUUAUUCUUUAAAAUUCUAAGAUCUCUUUGGUUACCAUCUAGUGUGUCUACAGCUUUGAUUCUCACAAUUUUCAUUUAUAGGAUUUACCUGUUUCUUUUUUCUAAAGUGACUUACAAUUCUUACUGAGUACAGGUUGAGCAAUUGAGGGUCAAGGGCCUGGC